AUGUCAAUUGCUGUACCUUCCAUCCUCGAGCGCGGAUUCGCCUCUCAAGACAUCAUCACUCGCGAUGUUGUUAUCAUUGGCGGAGGAGCGACAGGUACAUACGCUGCGGUACGUCUGAGGGAGGACUUCAACAAAAGUGUCGUUGUUAUAGAGAAGACUGGACGACUUGGAGGACAUACCGAGACGUAUUUUGACCCUGUCACGGGAUACCCUGUGGACUAUGGUGUACAAGCUUGGGUCGACGGCCCAAUCGUGAGGAACUUCACUGGACGAUUUAAUAUCAGUCUUGUUCCUGCCGUUUCACCACCUUUCGCCACAGACUAUAUUGACUUCAAGACCGGCAAGCAUGUUAUACCACCAUUCACCAACGCGACAAUCAUAGGGCAGGCUCUUGGGACUUAUUUCCAGCUGAUCUUGCAAUGGCCUUUUCUCGCCGAAGGAUAUAAUCUCCCUAGUCCAAUUCCAGCGGAUCUUCUCCUCACAUUUGGAGAUUUCGUCAAUAAAUAUGGAAUUCAAGCUGCUGUUCCAACGAUUUGGACCUUUUCACAGUCGGUAGGGGAUAUUCUGAAUACCCCAACAAUCUACAUCGUCCAGACCUUCGGGAUCUCUGAAGUCCAAGCAGUAUUGGAGAAUGGGUUUGUGGUUCCAGCAGACCAUUUCAACAGCGAGCUUUACCUCAAAGCUUCAGCAUUACUCGGCGCAGAUGUCUUGUACGGCACCACCACCAUCGAUGUUGCUCGCCACGAUGUUGGUCUUCAGCAAAUUACCGUCCAGACACCUACUGGCCAGAAGCUCAUCAAAGCCAAGAAGAUUCUUGUGACGAUUCCACCUACAGCCGACAACAUGAAGCCGUUCACUCUCAACCACCACGAAUCAUCUCUCUUCAACCAAUGGCAAUAUACCACGUACUAUACAGGAAUCAUCCGCAACGGUGUUCCAGACGACGUCAACGUUAUUAAUACCCAAAGUGGCACGGAAUUUGACCUCCCUACUUUGCCAUUCGUCCAAGAAUUCUCCUUCAGCGGCGUCCCUGGACUACAUACAUUCCAUACAGUUAGCACGAAAUCACAGACAGACGCGGAUGUCGAAAGUCUGAUCCUUUCUGACCUCACCGCAAUGUCAAGCGCCGGAACCUUUCCCGCCAGUUCUCCUUCUAUCGAAGUCCUUAGCAACCAUACGCCACUCGGCCUUCGUGUGACCGCUGACUCGAUUGCUGCUGGAUUUUAUGCCAACCUUUAUGCGCUACAAGGGCUGAAAGGAACAUUCUAUACUGGACUGGCUUGGGCUGGCGAUUAUACAAGCGUGCUGUGGACGUUCACCGAUGCGCUUCUCCCGGGCAUCGCUGCUGCUGCUACUUGA